AUGAAGACAGUAAUACUGAAAGACUCAUCUUCAUCAUCAUUAUCCGUACUUAGUGACGAAGAAGACGAAUUUUUGCCACCAGCAAAGAAAAAAUUACGUUCAAGUUCUAGAUUAAAACCUUUGGAUCAAACACUCACGUCUACUUGGAAUCAAGAACAAUUCUAUAGUAGGCAAGCAAGUACCUCUUUUGUAGUAACUGCAAAGAGCCUUGGCCACGAUGUUUCAAAAAUUUUCGUAUCUCCAUCUAUCGUUUACCAAGCUCGGGUGGUCAAUAGAAGAAAAAUGGCAAGGAAAAUCAAGAAAAAUCCUCCUCCAUGGGUCUUGCAUUGGGAAAGAAAAUUGUUGCCCUCAGUUGCCCAUGGGAAUGUCAAAACUUUGGAAGAUAGAGUUGCAAUUCUAGUGACUGGCAAAAAUUUUGAGCAAUUGUUUGGACUUCUUGUUGCCCAGAAAGGUACCGGUGAGCAGAUGGCUGAAGUAGUUAUUCGGGUAGUGCACCAAUUUGAGCUAAGUAACAUCAUCGAUAUGUAUUUUGAUACUACAUCGUCUAAUACAGGACUGAUCUAA